AUGGCGACCGCCAGGCUAUCGCCGACGGCGAAUCUUCUGCGGAAGUCGCGGCUAUUUGCACUUCCUCAAGCUCUGCAACCUUCUCAAGAACCCCCAUCGUCCAAGGCAGUUUUUGAGUCGGAAACCGCAACACUCCCUCACCCUAUCCGGGCUUCGAUCGUUACACCCCAAAAGUCGCUUGCUCGAGGCGAUUGGGGUCUGAAGCGAUCUCUCCCGGCAAAAUCGACAUCAGAGAAAUCAUCCAGACCCGUCGUUCGUCUCCAUGCCCUCGAUACCUACGAACAUGUCACCGACUUCGAGUCCGCAGCCGAUCACACGAUGACCCUCGAGAAGUUCCAGGAGCUGCACAUGCCCAUGUCCUUGCCUGCCAAGGUCAAUUACGCGACUAGCAUCGUUCCCAGACACCAGAGCCCGUUCGAGACGCAUGUUGAUAAUACAGAGACCAGCAAGGGUCUCGGAGAGCCCGGAGCCAAGCAAUACCGACACUCCGGCCCGUGGCUUGCUGGCAUGACCGAGGCGGAGUUCGCUGCGUACUUGAGCCAGGUUACCAGCAAGAAGCCUGAGUUGCUGCAGAAAUUGCGUGAGCGAUUCGUGGCCAAACGUACCGCGGAGGCCCGGAAGCAAGCACAAGACAACGGAGAAGAUUUGGAGACCCUCCAGCCGCCGAAGGUGACGGACGAGGAGUUCCAGACAUACAUCAAGACCCUGCGUACCGAUCCAUUUGCCCUGGGCCCUGUCAUAUUCGAGUUGCUUGACCUUCCAUCAUCCCCUGCCGUACCCAGCGAACGCAUUGGACGCAAGUACUACCAGUCCCCCGGAACCAAGCUUUCCGCGCCUGAAUAUGCCGUGGCUGGCCCUCCCAAGACACACCCGUCCGCCGGUCUAUCAUACACUCGCUCACACGCCUUGACAUAUAACCACCCGCAAUACGGUCCCCAAGCGUACCAACGUCCUGUGGAGGCCCGUAUUCUGCGCCCGAAGGGUAGAUUCCGCGGACGUAUGUCCCGGGCUAUCGCGGGUAUUGGUGGUAUUGCCGUUGAAGACCUAAAUGCGAUGACCUUUAUGGACCAAGGUUCUCCCCCUGGCCUGACCUUCUUCGAUGCUACCAUCCCUGGCGGUGCCAAGUACUGGGUGACGCCGAUUCGCGCAGCUGUCGAUUCCGAGGGCAGAAUCGGACUUUCUUCUUACCGUGCGGGCGCCUCCUCCAAAGCACCUUACGGCAUUGAAGACUACAAGAAGCCGGGGUCUGCCAGCAUCACCGACGCUGCCCACCGCCAUGCUAACAUGGUGCCCCGACUGGACCGACCCCGAUACCAGCUGCGGCCGCAGGCCAGCAGACAGCCCAUGAAGGGGACCGAGGAUAUUGCUCGCCUUCUCAUGAAUGAUCUGAAGGCUGGUGCGAGGAACAAAGACGAGAGUGCGUAA